AUUGUCAAAGCCAACAACCGGGACCUUUCAUUCAUCCUCCUGUCCUCCCUCCUGCUUUGCUUUUUGUCCUCCUUUCUCUUCAUUGGACAUCCAAGGAAAGCCACCUGUCUUCUCCGACAAACAGUGUUCAGCAUCGUCUUCUCAGUAGCCGUGUCUUCUGUGUUGGCCAAAACAAUCACAGUGGUGCUGGCCUUCCUGGCCUCAAAACCAGGGAACAGGGUGAGAAGAUGGUUGGGGAAGAGCUUGGCCAACUCCAUUAUCCUUUCUUGUUCUGGUGUCCAAUUUCUCAUCUGUGUCCUGUGGCUGGGAGUAUCACCCCCAUUCCCUGACUCUGAUCUGCACUCCCAGCCUGGAGAGAUUAUCCUUCAAUGCAAUGAAGGCUCUGUCACCUUGUUUUAUGUUGUCCUUGGCUAUAUGGGCUUCCUGGCUGCCAUUUGCUUCACUGUGGCUUUCCUGGCCAGAAACCUGCCUGGGGCCUUCAACGAAGCCAAGAUGAUCACCUUCAGCAUGCUGGUCUUCUGCAGUGUCUGGAUCUCUUUCCUGCCCACCUAUCUGAGCACCAAAGGAAACACUGAAGACAGACUCAUGAAGGCCCAUACCCUCAGCCGGCUGGGUGUGAAAGAUAUCAGAAAGAUCAUAGGUGACAAGGCUUUUGAGAAGUGGUUUGCCAUUGACUCUUUUCUAGGGCUCUGA